AGUGUGCAGAGCAGCUCUGUGGCACGCUCACUGCAGGCGGAACCUGCUGAUCGACGAGGUCUCUGCCAGCAGGACUCGGAAUAUUUUUGGUUUUUCCCACAGGCGUUGUCUGGUACAGACUUGAGCAGCGCUGCUCAAGCCAUGGAGGGAGUGUGUGCUGCAGUUUGCGCAGCUUUUUCCGUGGCUUAUUCUGGGUACUUUCUCACCCACCUGGCACGUCACAUCACCCGUGCCUGGAGAGAAUCCGGUCUUUGGAGCCCAACACCAACCUCGGAGGAUCCUCUGGCUGCGUGUCUUCCUGCAGAAGAGGCCAGAGGGGAGGAAGAUGCUCCCCAAACUGCGCCUGCUGCCACUGCAGGGCCUGAGCAUCCAGCAUCAAGCACAAGGGCAGCGUCAGCACCUGCUCUAGCUGCCUCUGUACCUGAGGAAGAGGCUGAAGAGGAGGAAGGUGCCGAUGAACCUGGCCCUGCGGUCAGCCCAUGGCCGGAGCAAACAACACCAGUAAGUGCCUGCUUUGGGUAGCAGCGUCUUUGGUGUCAUUUUGUCCGUCAUGUAAAAGCAGCCUUUGGAUUUUGUGCCUUGAGCUGUUGAAGCGGGCUGCACAAGCUGAGAGGUGAAGAGCCCUGGGUGUGGCCAGCAGCAUCUUCCUAGGGGCUUGCAUUUGAAAUGGAAUGGGGGCAUCUCUGCCAGGCUCAUUUGUGACCCAAAUUCAUUUCUUGUCCCAGAGCUCCAUCUCCUCUGUCCUGGCACCUGCACGAGCUGCAGCUGAAGGCUCGGGAGAAGGCUCCAGUGCCCAGGCUGGAAGCUCAAGCACGAGCAGCUCGUGCACCUGGAGCAUGACCAGCUCGUCUGGCAGCAGAGAGCAGCAGCGAGAGAGGACAGAGGACAAGUGCCUGGCCAUGCUGAAGAUGCUGGUGAGCGAGGGAGAUCCUGAGGCUAAAUACACAGAACUGGAAACUCUUGGCAAAGGGGGUUUCGGCACUGUGUGCAUGGCAGUGGAGACUGCCACAGGAGAAGAGGUGGCCAUCAAGAAAAUUAGUCUCCUGCAAGAGAGCAGCAGUGAGCUGUGCCUGAAUGAAAUCCAGGUCAUGCGUGGCAGUAAGAAUGCCAACCUUGUGAACUAUGUAGACAGCUACCUGGUGGAUGAGGAACUCUGGCUGGUGAUGGAAUACAUGGACAGAGGUUCUUUACAUGAUGUCAUCAGGGAGACUCGCAUGGCAGAAGGAGAGAUAGCAGCUGUCUCUCAGUAGUGCCUGCAAGGCCUGGAUUUCCUGCACUCCAAGCAAGUGAUCCACCGAGAUAUCAAAAGCCACAACAUUCUCCUGGGCUUGGAUGGAUCAGUCAAGUUGGCUGAUUUUGGCCUUGCUGCUCAGCUCACCACCGAGCAGAACAAACGGAGAUCAGCUGUUGGAACAACUUACUGGAUGGCGCCAGAAAUUUUCACCAGGAAGCCCUAUGGCCCCAAAGUGGACAUCUGGUCCUUUGGCAUCGUGGGGAUCGAGAUGGUGGACGGAGCGCCUCCGUACCUGAUGAAAACCUCCCGCACGGUACGCUGCAGCUGCUCUCAGACACUGCUGUCACCCUAACAAAAUCUGCUCCCAUUCUUCUGCCUGGGAAGCUUGCCAACACCUGAAAAUGAUAGGUUCCAGGCUGCACAGUCUCUCGUGCUUCUUGGCCAGAUCAUCCCCUUGCCAUUUUUGUGCAUGAACAGGACCUAAAAAUCAGGAUGCCUUUUGCUUGGCAGAAGCUUUGCCUAAGGGAGCAGUGAGCAGUGCUGAGCUGCAUUUUAUGGAAUAAUCCUUGGAAAUAGAAGAGUGAGAUGAAAGUCACUCUUCCAUGUCACUUGUAGAGGCUGUGUCAGUGCUCAGAGAAGCAAAGUGUGCUUUAGCUGAUGGAGCUGCUGCUGAUUCCAUCAUCCAGUGAAAUGAGUGGUCAAGGCAAGAGCCUUUGCCUACUGGACUGGCUAUGGCUGCCUCUGGCUUUGGGUUGUUUUAGUAGGGGUAGGAAAGGUAUCUGCCACCCUGUGGCAGGGAGUAAAGUGCCACUGCAGAGUGGAGCUUGUCCAAUGGGCUCUGUGUGAGCAGUUUGGGGUGCGAAGGAGACAGGUAGAGUGUGGCAUUUCCUUCUUCUCUAGGUUCAACAGCUGAUAAGCACCGGGGCCCCCCCGAAGCUGCAGAAGCCCAGGCAGCAGUCGGCGUGGCUGCGAGACUUUCUGCACUGCUGCCUGGAGAGGGACGAGGACAGGCGCUGGUCUGCCCAGGAACUUCUGCAGCAUCCAUUUGUAACAUCAGCCAAGCCAGCCUCCUCCCUGACGCCUCUGAUCAUGGCCACGCAGGAGUUCAUGGCCGACAGGAGAUACUAGCCCUGGAGGAGGCCUUUGUUGUUGUUUGUUGUUUGAAGUUUGUAGUUUGUAGUUUAUAGCUCGUAGUUUGUAGUUUGUUAUGAGUGAUAGUCAGAAUAAAUACUAUAAU